CUGUUAAAGAUUCAGUCACGUCUCAUCUUGUCUCAAAAAGCCUCUUCGGUCUGAGUGCUUCAGUCUGCACUGACUUGACAUUUAGGAUGACCCAUCAGUUUCCUCCUCUCACCACUGAGCAAAAGAAGGAGCUACAUGAGAUAGCUCUACGGAUUGUGUCACCAGGGAAAGGCAUCCUAGCUGCCGACGAGUCCAUAGGCAGCUUGGGGAAGCGUCUGAACCAGAUAGGAGUAGAGAACAACGAGGAGAACCGCCGUCUUUACCGACAGGUGCUCUUCACCGCCGAUGACCGCAUUGAUAACUGCAUCGGCGGAGUGAUCUUCUUCCACGAAACACUCUACCAGAACUCUGAUGAUGGCGUCCCAUUCGUCAAGAUGAUAAAGGACAAGGGUAUCACUAUCGGAAUAAAGGUCGACAAAGGUGUAGUCCCCAUGCCAGGGACUAAUGGAGAAACCACUACACAAGGUCUGGAUGGGCUCUCAGAACGCUGCGCUCAGUAUAAAAAGGAUGGAGCCGACUUUGCGAAGUGGCGCUGUGUGAUGAAAAUCAGUGAUACCACCCCGUCAAACCUGUGCAUUAAAGAAAAUGCUAAAGUCCUUGCUCGCUAUGCUAGUAUUUGUCAGCAGCAUGGGAUUGUACCCAUAGUGGAACCUGAGAUCCUACCUGAUGGAGACCAUAACUUGAAACGUUGCCAGUUUGUUACAGAGAGGGUACUUGCAGAAGUCUACAAAGCCAUGUUUGAUCAUCACGUGUAUCUGGAAGGCACACUUCUCAAGCCCAACAUGGUGACCCCUGGACACGGCUGCCCAACCAAAUACAGUGCAGAGGAGGUUGCCAUGGCAACAGUCACUGCUCUGCGGCGUUCUGUCCCGCCCGCGGUGACAGGGGUGACCUUUCUCUCGGGAGGUCAAAGUGAGGAGGAGGCCUCCAUUAACCUAAAUGCCAUCAAUAACUGUCCACUGGUGAAACCCUGGGCUCUCACCUUCUCAUUCGGCCGAGCUCUUCAGGCCUCAGCUCUGAAGACCUGGCGUGGACAGAGAGAGAAUGAAGCUGCCGCAACCGAGGAAUUCAUCAAACGUGCAGAGAUCAACAGUCUGGCCUGUCAAGGGAAGUACACGGUUUGUGGUGACAGCAGCGGAGCCACUGGUCUUUCCCAUUACCUUUCCAGCUACGCAUAUUGAAAUGCCGCUGAUUCCCAUAAUCCAGCAUUAGCUGAAAGCUAGCAGACUUUACUGUCACUUCCAUAUAAAACACUGAAACAUAGGUAGAUUAUUUACUCCUAAAUGUGAUGUUGAUAUACAGUAAAAAAGCAAAUGAAAGUAAUUGCUAAGUAACCCGUCUGCAAGAUGUCUGUUAAAGAUCGCUUAAGCAUCUGCUGUGUACAAACAUCUGGUAGACAUCUUUCAGACAUCAGCUUUACAUACAUUCUAAAUUAUAAACAUCUUAAAGACAUCUUCUAAAUGUUAAUUUGCCAUCUGAUAGGAAACGUCCUAUAGACGUAUUGCAGAUGAGUGAAUACUCAAAAAAAUACAAAUCAAAUCGACAAAAUAGAUCUCCCUGUGAUGUACGUGUGCUAUCAGGGAAGUUUCUGGGAAUGUGAAAUUUUGUGGUGUCUUCUGCUCGUCUUCAAAACAUUGUAAAGUUAUAGCUGUUGUUACCAAGAUAGUUCUUUAGGAAAGUAAUGGAACCGACGAGAUUAUUACCGCAUUUGAUUGAUCCUUAUCACUUACUGUCAACAUUUAAGAGUUUCUUAGGAUAGAUAUAAAGAUCUUCUGUAAUCUAUUCUCUCAUCAUCUAAAGCUUUAAUAAAGCCUUUGUUCUGAUGAAGAAUAACCACUUGGAUUACAUGUUUAUGAGUAUCUGGUAGAUCUGUAUGUUUGGCUUGAAUGCAUUAUCGACAAAACAUAAGUGAAACUAAAUAACUUACAACCUGAAUACAAACUGAAAAUGCUGCAAUAAAGUUGUGAUGAUAGAA